CGUUUCAGAUCGAACCGAUGUCAUUAUUAUUAUUACACGUGAACACGUGCUGGUUUGUGAAUAUUAAAUUGAAUUCAAUUAAAUUUAGAAACACUAAUAUAUUUAUUUUAUUUUCUUUGACGAAUACAUAAUCAAUAUUGUUAAUUUUUAUAUGUAUGUAUGUACAUAUUUAUUUGAAUUGAAACGUGAUAAUAUCGCUUUUUUAAAUUAAUUUAUUUACUGAAAAUUAAUUGUGAUAAAAAAUGGGAAGGUGUUGUGCGGUUCAUGGAUGUUUUAGUGGCCGAAAGACAAGUAAAAAGGUAGAAAAAGUAGCUUUAUUUAAAGCACCAAAAGAUGUAGAAUUGUGCAGUAAAUGGAGUUCUGCUCUUGGCCAAAAAUUGAAAGCCACCAGCUAUAUUUGUGAAUUACAUUUUAAUUCAAAGGAUGUGAUUAGAUCUGAUCAAACGAUUCUGAAAGAUGGUAGUGUAUAUGUACACGAAUUUCAGAAAGUUCAUUUAAGGAAGGAAGCUGCACCCAAGUCUAAUAUUAUUAGUGAUAGUGAUGAAAGUAUAGCAGAUAUAGAUAUGGUUGACCACUCAAUAAAUGAUGACUGCAAUCAUAAUCCAGUGGAGACAGAUGCAAAUACAAAUUUUCCGGACGUUGCAAGUACUGUUAUUGAAGAUGACAAUUUACUGGUCGUGAAUUCAACAGAGGAAUUUUCUUUUCGUUCAAUCCAAAAUAUGUUAGAAGCUCAGCCACUGCGUAAAAAUUGGUGUUGGACAGUCAUAAUAAAUUCUUUUAUUUCGUUGUCAUAUAUAAGUUCAAAAUUGGAAUUAGUUUGUCAUGUUAAAAUUGAUGUGAAUUUAAAAGUGAUGAUUAUUAAUGCAAAAACUAAUAUUGUUAUUGAUAUGGAUGUAAAUAUCUCAUCAUUUGCUUGUGUUUGGCAAUUAUUAGACUCUUUGGAAAAUUGCUUUUUCUGUAGUGGAACUGGAUACGAUGACAAAAAAUGUUCAGACACCUGUACGGGUAUAUUAUUGCCGGGGGAUAGAUAUAAACGAAUAGUUUUGGAGUACCGAUGUAUUAAUUGUCGAAAAUUGAGACGUUUGCUACAAAAACGUAAGACGAAGACAACAAAUGAUGAAGCUCGAAGGAUGAAUUUAAAACAUCGUUAUAAAUUACAACGUAGAAAGCUCAAUCGCGUUGUUCAAACGAAUAAAAAUUUAAAACGACAAUUAUUACAGUUAAAAAACCAUUGUGCUGAAAUUAAAGAAAAAGUUUUAUCUGAGAAAAUUUCUUAUGUAGCCGCUUUAUAGCACGAAACAGUUAAAAAUUGUUUACAGUACCAUAAUAUUUAUCGAGAAAGUGAACAAUUAUGCAAUCUAGAACACCAGCUGAUGAUUUAAGACCUGUUGAUGAUAAUGUUUCGAGAAAGGCUAUUAUUGUCUUUGAUACUUACAUAAGGAAUUGGGAGACUAAGGAAUUGAGUCAAUCGACGUGGAGAAGCUGGAAAGCUGUUAUUUAUCAAUUACAGCAAGUACCCUGACUGGACCGAAAAUUUCUCUCUGAUCUACAUUGACAUUAAUAGGUUCUUUACAUUCCGAAUGUAACUAUAAUUAUUUGAUGACCUCUACAUUAACAUAAGAUAUGCUCACGGCCAUCAUAUACCGAGGCAACAGAUAGCUUUCGGAAUUAUUCGUUGAAGUACGUCAAGUCUAACAUAAUAUGGCGAACAUCCAAGCGGCAGGACACAUUCAUAUAGAAUUACUAAAGCAUGCCCCAAAGCAGUUGUUAGUGCUUUUGGUUCUAGGAAGGAAAGGAUACCAGAAUGGCAGCUUGCAAUAAUAUGCAACAUAUACACAAAAGGAAGUUAAAAAAACUGCGGUAUUAGUGUGCGAUAUUUUUCAGUGGAAAACCUUGGAAAACCAUGGAAAAACUUUGGACGCGCUAUAAUUGAGAGAAGUGGGAGUGCUCUCCAAGACGAAGAACAAUACUGUGGCUUCAGAAUGGGGAAGUGGCUCGCUACGCUCAGUCUUAAUCAAUCUCGAAUAUUACCACAUAAUAUCAUAUCGUACAAUAAUGGUAAUCUGACAAAAAACACGUACAAAAGCAAUGAAAUUCCUAGUUCAAAACAGUUUCGAACACUGCUGAACACCAAAAGUAUAUAGCAGAAAUAAAAUAUUAAUAUAGAUUUGGCUGUAAAAUAUUUACACUACGUUUGAAAAUAAUAUAAGAU